AAUAAAAUCUAAUAUUACAACUAACUGAUGGACAUGGGUUGCUAAAGUCAAACACUGGGUUAUUUUUGACCUGCCGAUUAUUUCUUGGGAUAUAGGAACAGAAAAAAUGUGAGAGUAGGGGAGAAAAUCAUACAUACUUAUUUAGGAUACAGACUGUGUAAUCUUUACAAUUUUUAUGUUGUACCCUCGACGUAGGGGUUCUUUUGGGAUUAGUCAUAUGAGGCACCAUUUUUAUUGAGGGGUUCAAAAACACGUUCCAUUGGCUUAACCAGGUGAACGGAAAUAAUAAUACCUGUAAAGAUUUGAAAAGGAGGAGUCUAAUUUGUUUUAUUGGUCUUUUCGUACUUACCUUGAUAAAAUGCAAUGGAGGUUAAUUUUAUUCUGUGGCAAAUAUUUAUCUACAGGAACCAAUUAUUUCUGGAUGCAACAACUAAAAGGAAGUUGACUCACAACGGCGACAAAGAAGGAGAAUGGUGUUGAGAAAUAUUCUGCGUAAGUAUAUUAUUGUAUGACCAUAAGGGUAGUAUAAGACAAGAUAUGAGAAGCCGGGUGUCUUGAGGCUAUCAAUCAUGGCGAGGUCCAGGAGGCUCCUCCCGCGCAGAUGUACAAAAUUUCUACUCUAUGCAACCAACAGAGAUAUCUUUAUGGAGUGGGAUAAGUCUUAACCCCCACCCGCCGGGCUGUUCUUAAUUUAGAUCACGUUCAAGGACCCGCCAUAUUAUCUUAGUUGGUAAGCCGUCAGUGGUGAUCACAGUCCCUGUAGAAGUGGAAAAUAUAUUCCAGUAGAUAAUCUAACGGCUUUUGUAUUUUAUUUUAAUAAAAAUAUUUAAAGAAAAAAUUCUAGUGUAACAUUACUUGUGUGACUAUGAUGAUGGAUUCGGAUUCUUCAUAUAAACCUAACGGUGAUUAUCUAGUCUCAUCAUAUAGCUGGCACACGCCGCAAGAUUUACAAUUCGCAAACUUGUCAAACACUUACCCUUAUGACUACGGAAUAAUUGUCAAGUCAGAGUAUGAUGAUUGUAGUGUCGGUGGCAACUCACCAAGUCAAGAAAACGAGUCCACAGAAAUUAAAAAAGGAAAAAAACGAGCCUCUAGGUCCAAAGAAUUUCAAACGCCGUCUAAAUCUAGAAGACGAUCACCUCAGACACCCGAAGAAAUGCAAAGUCAAAGAGUUAUGGCAAACGUACGAGAACGACAGAGAACUCAAAGCCUUAACGAAGCUUUUGCAUCAUUACGAAAAAUUAUUCCUACACUUCCUUCAGAUAAACUUUCAAAAAUCCAAACACUUAAAUUAGCUACUAGAUAUAUUGAUUUUCUUUAUCAAGUACUACACAAAGCGAAUUCGGACGAUAUUGCACUACCCAAUUUAAGCACUGACUCGGAUUCUCAACAUUCAAUAGAACAAGGUACUUCUGGAGUAAAUUCAUGCAACUAUGUUGCUCAUGAACAACUAAGUUACGCAUUUAGUGUUUGGAGGAUGGAAGGUGAAUGGAAUAACGUGAAUCAAGAAUAAAAUAUGUUUAAAAAGCCAAUUUUUAAAUUAUCGAAAAGUAUUGUUUUGUAACUAAGUAUUUCCAUUUGAUUAUUUUAUACUUUUUUUUAUACACAAAUUGAUUAUUUUUAUAUCAAUUAUAAAUAUUUAUAUUUUUUUGUACGUGUAAAAAUGAGACAAUUUUUGUAAAUAGUAUUUUAUCGUUUUUAUUAAGUUUAUUGAUUAAAAAUAUUGACUAGUACUUUUUAAUGUUCACCAUCGUUUGGUCUUUAGUCUCCCUUAAUUAUAGUCUUAUAUGUAUUGGUUUGUGGUGGGAGUAGGCUGUAUGCGUGCCUCUGCUUUAGUAGUUUCUAAAAAUAUGCAUCCACAUCAUACAGAAAACAUUGCUCGGAGCAGAUCAAUUGAUUAUAUUUUGCGCGUGCACAUAAUGUUAAUAAAUAUACAUAUAGAAUAUUACUAAAGAAAGAAGGAUAUGAUGUCGGUUGCAGCCAACGAUGUCGACUUCCGGUGAAUUAUGAUUCAAGAAAGGUGCAAAGCGAAACUAAAUAUAGUUAUUAAAGACCAACCCAGAUAAUGGGGGGAGGGCAAUGGGAAGAAAACGCCCCGGGCUUCAUCACAAAUUUUACUAGCUUGUCAUAAUUAGUGUCAGAUUACUGUUUUUGUUUUGCUCAUCACUUUUUUAUGGCAGUGAUAUUUUCUAUAGGGGGUCUAUCUUAAGGUAAAGCACCGGGAUCCCAUAUAGGUUAUUUAAUCCGGCUCCCUAUAAAAGACAGAUAUUAAGAAAACCACUGUAUUUUAUAAAUACAACAAAAAACAAAUAAAUAUAUAUUUUAUGGAAAAAAGCUUAAUAUUGUUUAUAAAGAUAAAAUGUUAUUUAACAGUCAG